CAGGAAGGGGCUGAGCACAAGAAGCUGGAGGCGGAGAGGGGGGUUUGUAGAUAAUAAUGUACUGAAAGACGAACAAUAUUAUUUAGAAACAUAUGCUGUUAUUUUUUGCAGUUAUAAUACAAAAUAUCAACCAUUAGAUAGGGGAAGCUGCAGAUCGACAUACAGAGAGAACACACGACCCACAUGAUGACGGAUGGCAUAAUGAGUAAGGCAGCUACUAUGGAGAUCCCUAUAAACAGCAAUGGAGACAUGGGGACCCUACCUGAGGAUGACAGUCUGGAACAGGACCUGCAGCAAGUAAUGGUGUCAGGGCCCAACCUGAAUGAGACCAGCAUUGUAUCAGGAGGAUACGGAGGCACGGGUGAGGGGAUCAUUCCCACUAGCUCUAUCAAAGGACCUGGGAUCUGCUACAACCCAUCCAUUCUGGGAAGACAGAUCCACCCGCAGGCACAAGGCCUGCGUUUGUCCAGGGGAUCCCACAUCUGUCCUAGCGAAUCAGCAGCCAGCCGGAUAGCCAACCAGGGAGAGCCCUGCACAGGUACCAGCAUGCACCAGUCACACAGCAGCUCAGCCGUCACUGCUGAAGAAGCAUCACGGGGUGUUGCUGUGGAGAAACUUGACAUCGUCAAGAAAUGGGGCAUCAACACCUACAAGGUAGGAGAAGUGUGGCAGAUUAUUAUUUUUUUAUGGCAGGUUGUUUUGCAGGACAUACUACUAUAACAAUCAGAUACAUAAAUUAAAACUUUAAGUAAUAACUAAUGUAUCUGCUUCUGCUUGGCAUAGAACCCCAAAUCACAUGGUUAACUAUGAAUGUUAAAAUAAUCUAAUGAUAUUUUACCCAAUGGUGCUUGCAUUACACUUUUUCAGAAUGGGAGAGGGGGAGGAGUCACCCCAUAGAAUUCCAAUUUUGGGGGGUACAUAAAUAAAAAAAAAAAAAAAUAAAAACUAACACUAAUUAAUUUCCAAUGCUUUGUAUUUGAGUUUUUCUUAUCAAAAUGUUGGGGUCAGUUCUCCCUUUUUCUCUAAGUCGCUUGGAUAAAGGCGUCUUCUAAAUUAAUAAAUAAUAAAACAAGCACACACAAAAAAAAAACAGUUUAUACCCAUAUAUGUGAAUACAAAGAAGAAUGGUUAGUGCGUCUAACGUGAUUUUACACACAAGGUGUGAGAUUUAAAUCCCAAGAGCGAUAGCUUGAGGGUUUGAUUAUUAGUAUUAUUUAUUUAUUUUGCAGAUGCCUUUAUGCAAGGUGAAUUACAGGUGUUACA